AGCCAUGGCAGCAGCUAUGUAACUGUUGCCAUUUUUGAAGGGCUCCCCAAUCAUAGACAGCAGAUCCUUCUCACCUUUUCCUACUUUUCAGGACCUUUAUAUUUAUGUCAUUAUUCUUCACACACAAUUUUUGAGGUUAAUUUGAUGAAACAAGAAAAUGAAUCAUCUCAGAAAUUGAUUGGUAAUGAAAUGAGAAGGGACUGAAUAUUUUUGCAGGGAUUGAAACCCCUGAUUUUCUUGGGGGAGAAAGAAGGAAAGUAGUGAUAGCAUUCCAUAGAUAAAACAAAUUUAAAAAUAUAUGCAUAAAAUUUGAUAAAAGUGGUGGUGGUGAGAGAAGGAAUUUUAGUGUGAAAUGUUGGCAUUGGUGGAGGGAAAGAGGAGGAGCAGCUGAUGAUGGAGCAAGAAUUAGAUUCAAAGCUUAGGAUAGAGAACACUUUACCAAAUCCUCAAAGAUCUAAGAGCUUUGCAUUCAGAGCACCUCAGGAAAAUUUCACAAUCCAAGAUUUUGAAUUGGGAAAGAUCUAUGGAGUUGGUUCUUAUUCAAAGGUUGUCAGAGCAAAAAAGAAAGACACAGGGAAUGUUUAUGCCUUGAAGAUCAUGGACAAAAAGUUCAUCACUAAAGAAAAUAAGACUGCCUAUGUGAAAUUAGAAAGAAUUGUACUUGAUCAGCUGGAUCAUCCUGGUAUUGUGCGACUAUUUUUCACCUUCCAAGACACUUUUUCACUAUACAUGGCACUAGAGUCCUGUGAAGGUGGCGAGCUUUUUGAUCAAAUUACCAGGAAAGGUCGUUUGUCUGAGGAUGAAGCACGUUUUUAUGCAGCUGAAGUGGCAGAUUCUCUUGAAUAUAUACACAGUAUGGGAUUGAUUCAUCGAGAUAUUAAGCCAGAGAACCUGCUACUCACUUCAGAUGGACGUAUUAAAAUCGCGGACUUUGGCAGUGUAAAACCCAUGCAGGAUAGCAGAAUAACAGUACUUCCAAAUGCAGCAUCAGAUGACAAGGCAUGCACUUUUGUGGGGACAGCUGCAUAUGUCCCUCCUGAAGUUUUAAAUUCUUCUCCUGCAACUUUUGGAAAUGAUCUCUGGGCACUUGGCUGCACCUUAUAUCAAAUGCUUUCAGGAUUUUCUCCUUUUAAAGAUACCAGUGAAUGGCUCAUUUUUCAAAGAAUCAUUGCCAGAGAUAUCAGGUUCCCAAAUCAUUUUUCAAAUGAAGCCAGAGAUCUCAUUGAUCAGUUGCUCGUAAGUUAUAAUUCAUCUUUAAUAUUUACUUGCAUCUUGUGGUUCCUUCUUCUUUCUUCCCCCAUUCUUCGUUUUGUCCUUUUCUGAAAUGCAUCUCGAUUU